CAAUCUUUAUUUCCAAACGCCCACUAAAUUUUCUUUUCUCAAUAGUGAUUCCUUCUUUUAGAAUUUUUGUCAAAAAAUAAAAGGUUUAAAAUUUAAGAAGCUAAGCCUGCUUUUAUUACUCCUCAGAAGAGGAGAAUACUGAAUGCUGUCAUCUACCGGAGCUUAAAAUCGUUACUUCCGUGCUCAUCGGCUCAAUAUAAAAUGUGGCGGCUGUAUGAAGGAUGGAACGAGAUUCUGAAGAUCCAAAAGUUCCGGAGAGUUGUGUCCUAUACUGGAUUCUAUUGCUUCGUUACACUCAUCACAUAUGGGUACACCAACAACACGACUAGAGCGGGGUACUCGAGAGCUGACCAAUUCUAUGCUUCUUAUCCAGCUGGAACAGAGCUCCUUACUGACACAGCUAAGUUAUAUAAAGCAGCAUUGGGGAAUGUUUUUGAAGAGGAAGAAUGGGGACCGGUCGAAUGGUGCGUCCUGGCUAAACAUUUUGAACGUCAAGGAAAAUCACCAUAUGCAUAUCACGCUCAAUACAUGGCACACCUUGCUUCUCAUGGACAGCUAGACGGAAGUGGCUAGCGAAAGGGUAGCAGCAGCAAACCAACGAUUGGACACCUCUCAUCUGCAUCUUGAGCAGGCUUAAAUCAAUGCACAAGAAGUUAAUUAUGCCGCUGUGGAUUCGUUGAUAGUAAUUUAACCUAUAAUUCUGUAACUUCUUGUGUCCUGACAUUUAUUGGCUUUACACUACACAAUCUCAACAACACAAAGAUGCUGAAAAUGUUAUAUU